AUGUCUACCUCCAAAUCUUCCUUUCAUCCUGCUCUUGCUGUCUCCAACAUCAAGAACCAUGUUCCCGUCACUCUUGAGAUGGAGAAUGUCCAAUAUUCCACUUGGGCGGAACUAUUUAAGAUUCAUGCACGAUCCCAUCGGGUAAUUGAUCAUAUUAUUCCUCCGGCGGCAGGAACGGAGAAACGGCCUCAACAGGAGGAGGACAAAGGACUGUGGUCCACCCUUGACGCCACCGUUCUCCAAUGGCUCUACGCUACUAUCUCUCAUGAUCUGUUGCAUACAAUUUUGGAACCUGACACCACGGCGAUGGAGGCUUGGAAUCGCUUGCAUGAUAUCUUCCAGGAUAACAAACACUCUCGUGCUGUCACCCUUGAGUACGACUUCACUCAUGUCGACAUGGCCGAUUUUCCCAAUGUCUCUGCCUAUUGUCAACAUCUCAAAUCUCUGGCGGAUCAACUCAAGAAUGUUGGCUCUCAAGUGGCUAACGAUCGUCUAGUUCUUCAAUUGGUCUCGGGCCUUACCGAGCCCUACCAAGGUGUGGCGACUCUUAUUCGCCAACGCGACCCUUUGCCACAAUUUUAUCAAGCCCGUUCGAUGCUCACUCUUGAAGAAGCUGGCCGUGCUAAGAAAGCAGCCCAAAGUUCCUCCGCUGCAUUAGUUGCUCGCUCGUCCGAAGGUCACACUGAUGUUCCUGAUAAUUCCUCUUCCCACCGCCAUAAUAGUGGUGAAAAGAGGCACCACAACCGCAAUAAUAAUGGAGGCAGAUCUCGCGGCAGCCAUGGUAGUCGUGGCGGCGGCAGAGGAGCUGGCAGUAGCGGCAGUCCUGCUGGCCGUGGUGGUCAGCUGGGUGGCAGCAGCAGUCGCGGCAGCACUGGGCAGCAUUCAACGGUGCAACACUCUCCACAAUUUUCUCCUUGGUCUGGCGGACAACAGUGGCCAUGGCUGGCCUCUUGGGGUCCUUGGGCUGUCCCACCAUGCCCAUAUUCGUCAACCACUUGGUCCUGA